AGCCGGAGACUGCUCCCGGCAUUCCUCGCGGGUGUACCGUGGGUUCCCUUCCCCCAUUUCCGGGUCCCAGGAGAGGGGGACCCUGGGGUCUUGAAGAGAGUUCUGAGGUUCAGCUGGUCGGUGCUGUGCGAAGAAUGACAGGACACUCCAAGCACUGAACCACUGGCCUGGGUGGCAAGCACGCUGAAAUCUCGAAGUAGAACCCUGUGUCGCUGAGGCAGAGCUCUGAGACAGUGUAUGUAACAUGGCCCAGGGCUUGAUUGAAGUGGAGCGAAAGUUUACUCCAGGGCCUGACACGGAAGAAAGGCUGCAGGAGUUGGGGGGCACCCUGAAGCACCGGGUCACUUUCCAAGACACCUACUAUGAUACUUCUGAGCUAAGCCUUAUGCGAUCUGAUCACUGGCUGCGACAACGAGAAGGUAGUGGAUGGGAGCUCAAAUGCCCUGGAGUAACAGGUAUUUCAGGAUCCCACAACGAGUAUGUGGAGCUCACAUCGGAAUCUGCCAUUGUGGCUCAGUUAUUUGAACUGCUCGGGGCUGAGGAGCCUGGGACUGCAGGUGUGGCUGCUGUCUUGGGUUCCCUGAAGCUGCAGGAAGUAGCUAGUUUCGUGACUACUCGAAGUUCCUGGAUGCUGGCCUUAAAUGGAGCCAGUGAAGAGGAGCCGAAGCUCAGAGUGGAUUUGGAUUCAACAGACUUCGGCUAUGCUGUGGGUGAGGAGUGCCAGCACGGGAGACGGCACCUGCCAAGCUCAUGGUAUACCUACAGCGCUUCAGGCCUCUGGACUAUCAGCGCCUGCUCGAGGCAAACAGUGGCAGUGAAGCCACUGGGGACUCGACAUCCUGACAGUUCCUGGGAGCCGGGUUCACUCUCUGUAAGGCAAGGGACCUCUCCGAAGCUGCCAUCCACACCUGGACCCACCGUGCCCUUCCCUUCCAACAGGGCCACUUUUGUCUCCAGUUCCGCCCGGUCUUUCACCCAUCCUCAGCUGCCCUCUUUUGAGCCCUCCCUCACUGUUUCCCUCAUCCGUCAGAUGCAAUCUGUGGGCCGCCCCUCUCCCCUGGCCGCUAAGCAGCCUCCAUUGAUUUCCGCUCGUGUUUAUAGGAUUUCCACUUAGCUGUGAUCAGUAGUUAAGCACAGGAAAAUCCCUUGCCACCCCCCUCCCGUGGUCGAUGCCAUUGAUUCUGCCAGCAGCACUGAAGCCGCCUUACAGCUGAGUUAGAGAAGUGGGAAGCAGCAGGGAUUCCCCUGCCUUGGGGGGUAGGGAAUAGCAACAAGGCAGGGAAACGGCUGGGAACUUCUGUUAGAGAUCUGGAACUCUGCUGGGUCUGCCACUGUGCCCAGAGGGUAGAGUGCCCUAGGAGGCAGUUUAGAGACAAAUUUGCUCUCCAACCCAGAGACGGGGAGAAAAAGAAAUCAUUGUUGAGAUAGGUUCCUGGGGUUUCAGGAAGUCAUACAUCCUGUGGAGAAGGCUCUACCCUUGCUCCUACACAUUUGCUUUCUCACUAGGUCAAAACAUGCUUUUCUGCCCUGCUCAGGUUUCAUAGGCUUUCAGUCUCAGACUGUGGUGACAAACACAGGGCCAGAGUGCCACCUGCUGUUAGCCCUCAGAGCUUUUUGUUCCCAGCUGAGGGUGCAGACAGAUUUCAGGUGAGCUGAGGCAGUUAGGAGGCAACGUUUUAACAACCUAGAACUCCACUUGGCUUGAGAUGUGCACACAUCUCAUCUAAUAGUGGAUGCACUUGGCACCCUAGGAUCGUGACUAAGUCCCCACAUCCUUCUUACGGCGCACCUAGGACCCCCACUGCACUCUACUGAGUGGCAUGUGUGUCCUACUUCAAACAAUGGAGUAAGUCUCUCCUCCCCCAGCAGCCAUCAAAAACUCCCCUUUGCGGACAGUUUUCAUUCAAACAUUUUAGAACAUAUGGGAGCUGAUUGGGCCUAGAUGGGUUCUGAGUGCAAGCAGAGUAAGGGAGACUGUGUCCUUUGGGUGAACUUUUAAGGAGAAUCCCCUAUUUAUCAUCCUGUGCCUAUGAAGAAUGAGCAUAUGAUUAAAAAAACAGAUGCAUCAUGGGAAGGGUCAUGCACAGUGAAAAGCUUACAGAAUCCAAGCCUGUCAAUCAAAAUAAAGAACCACUCAUAUUAUGCCACUUAGCAAUGAACUCCUUCCCCUAAGACCCCAUUAAAGAAGCACCAGGCAAUAACCCUGGGCCCUCGAGUACUGUGGACAUUGCUCUUCGCAAUGUAUUUAUGAUUUGUACCACCACCGCUUUUGAAUAAAGUUUCCUUGCUAUUUGCAA